AUGCCCGAGACGACGCAGGAGGCUCCAGCCAAGGACUCGCCCUUCUUCAUCAAGAACCUGCUCAACUGCGACAGCAAGCCACCCAACAAGACCAAGCCUCCGCCGCCGGCGCUGGCGGCCCACCGGGCGGCCCUGGAGGCGGCGGCGGCAGGGGGCUUUUCCCUGUCGCAGGUGGCUGACUAUGCCUUCCCUCGCUUUGAGCUGCCUGCGCAGCGCUUCACGCUGCCGGCCCACUAUCUGGAGCGAACUUCGGCGUGGUGGUACCCCUAUGCCCUCAACUCCUCUGCGCACAUCCACAGAAGUGAAGCCUCUGACAAACUACCGGCCAGAGAUUCGUCCCCGACGUCAGGAACGGACCGAGACUCUCCGGAGCUGGUGCUCAAAUCCGAACCGGAAGGCAAGGAUGACGACGAAGACGAGGAGCGCGCGGCGAGCAAAAGCGGCGACGAGAUCAUCCUGGAGGAGAGUGACUCCGAGGAGGCCAAGAAAGACGAAGUGGACGACUGGAAGAAGCGCGACGGCGGCGACGACGGCUGCGGUGACAAGAAGCCCUGCCGAAAGAAGAAGACCCGCACCGUCUUCUCCCGCAGCCAAGUCUUUCAGCUGGAGUCCACGUUCGACAUGAAGCGCUACUUGAGCAGCUCGGAGCGCGCCGGCCUGGCAGCAUCACUGCACCUGACCGAGACGCAGGUGAAGAUCUGGUUCCAAAAUCGCCGGAACAAGUGGAAGCGGCAAUUAGCCGCCGAGCUGGAGGCGGCCAACUUGAGCCACGCCGCCGCGCAGAGGAUAGUCAGAGUGCCCAUUCUCUACCACGAGAACUCGGCGUCGGAGGGCGCCGGCGCGGCCCCUAGCGUGCCGGCCAGUCAGCCGUUGCUAACCUUCCCGCACCCGGGCGUCUACUACUCGCACCCCAUCGUCACCUCUGUGCCGCUGCUCAGACCCGUCUGA